AUGCCUUCACUCAAGCUCAGCCUCCUGGCCGUUACCGCCACCCUGCUGUCAGCAGUCCGUGCCGAUUACUACGUCGAGCCGAGCUCUGUCCCUCUUGCGACUCGCAAGUCCUGGUGCGCCAGCGAGACUAGCACAUGUCCUCUGAUCUGCGAACAGACAGCACCCUACACCACCAAGGACAACACCUGCGACCCUUCCACACUCACUUACGGCUGCGUUUGCGGUAACGGGCUCCAGCCCAACAUCAGCGAGUACUCCCUCAGUCUUCCGUACUUUGUGUGCUCGGAGUGGGGCAACCAGUGUGUCACGGCCUGUGGCAGUAACAACACUUGCUCCAGUUCCUGUCGUCAGGAUCACCCGUGCGGUGCCCUCAAUCCCAGCCCGGGCAAUGCUUCUCUCACGACCACCAGCGCGGGCGCGACUUCGGCCACCAGCACUGUCAACUCGGCGACGAUCGUGUACGGUGCUUUCGGCACCACGUCAACGGGGAAGUCAUCCAGCUCCAGCAAAGGAAGCUUCGCGGCACCCCUCUUCGACAGCGGCCGGGUGUUGGGCCUGGCUGCGACGCUGGGCGGUCUUACGGCCGGCAUUGCACUGUUUCUGUGA